AUUAUUGUAUACGACCAACGAACCAACCGUCAGUCGUUGUAGUAUCAGGUUCUGUUUCUGUUUAUUCUCCUGGACUGAGAAGUAAAACGUGAGCCAAAAUUGGGUGAUUCGCUGACGUAAAAGCGUUUCGGACGCAUCCGGAUACAAGGCUGGCCAGCUGCGCCAUUCUUGUUGUGUGGUUCUUCUCAUCAGCCACACUACACCCGUCAAACCUGGUUGCCGGGUAGUCGUAGUCGGAUUGUUGUAGUUAGCUGUUGCGAUGUCGCACACCGCAGGAAUGGACACGGGCUUGCCUGUACCGGAUGCCAUCCCUCCGCUCGAAAAACUUCAAGAAGACCUGGUCUUAGACCUCGUCCAGGAGAUCAAAUUUCAACCGGACCUCCGUCAAUUACCUAUAAUAACACAGGACGAUGAGAUAACGAUUGGUGCUCGAGACAGAUCUGCUCAUGUACUAAGAUGCCUAAAAGUGAUGUACGAUUUGCCUUCAGACGUAUUUUUCAUUGCGAUAAAUCUGAUAGAUCGAUUCUUGACUAAAAUGAAAGCAAGGCAGAAGCAUAUGGCCUGCAUCAGCGUGUCAGCCUUUUACAUUGCUGCCAUCCAACGGAUGCAGUCUAUAGAUGCCGAGCACUUAAUCUCGAUCUCACAGUGCAGAUGCACUGCUGAUGACUUGAGGCGCAUGUCGGAAGUGAUACGAAAUAAAUUGGAAUGGGCACCCGGCACUGAACCUACUACCGCUCUGACUUUUCUACAGUUGUUCAACAAAAUGUUUCAUGCGGUAGCGAAGCAAAUGCAUCUCGGCGACGUGUAUAUCAAUAUCGUCAAGGAAUCUGAAUUGAUCCUCAGAUUGGAAAUGGUUGCUUGCGACGGUAGCUGUGCGAGUCUCAGGCUCUCCGAGGUGGCUCUGGUAUUACUCUGCACUUAUUUGGAUUCUGCUGUUAAUCGACUGAAUGCAAAUACAGACGCCACCGUGUCUGCCGACGACCCAUCCUCAUAUAACACUUCCGUCAUUACAUCGUCCUAUCAGAUGCUGAAAGACGAACUCAUGCAGUUUGCUGUGGAGCUUCGAGAGAAAUGCAAUAUUUCGGAAGAGAGUUUCCGCUCCACUCAUGGGACGGUGGGUGCUGUACUGAGCAAGUAUAACGCCCAGGAACAAACACCUCAUAGACAGAAGUUAAUCUGGAAACUUUCAUCUCGCACUGCAUGUAUUCUACGUCCGACCGACAAAUUCAGAUCUGUACUACCAGCCAUCGCGGAACAUGCGCCGAUUCCAUCUCCGAGCAGAAUCAGAAAAACUCGUAAAUACGCCCGACGCCAUGGCAAUAAGAGACGUUAAAGUAACAUCAUCAUUUUUUUGGAGAGUACGGUACUGGAAUUUUCAUCUGAUAUAUCACGUUUUUGAUAUAUUAGAUGUCUAGUAUACGUCAAAUAAAAGCGCAAGAUUAUCACUUUUUCCAGUACGAAGAUCAAAAUUUUACUCGAAAGUACAAACGUCGAUUCACGCAUUGCAAUGAUUUUCCAUAGAUACUUUGUUUACAUGCUCUUUAGAUGUCAUACUGGCAAGAUAUAAGUCGUCGUCUUUCACUAUAUAAAUAUAAGAUAUAAUUAUGUAUAAACAACGUGUCAUAAGAUCGCAAAGUAAACACAAUGGCCGGUAUUCAUAAUCGGUUUUUAUCUUAAGUAACGUCUUAAGAUGCUAAUGAGACUCUAAUUGAUUCAUGAUGUACUAAAGACAAUCUUAAAUAUAAGAAUCGACUAUAAACCCCAGCCAAUAAGUAAUGAAAAGGUCUUAUCGAUCUGAGCUGGAUUUUAAAGAUUCACAUGCUGCUAAAACAAUUAGAGCAACGGAUCUGUCACUCUUAUUUCAGCAGCUAAAAUGAUAGUGCUAUCGCCGUGUCGAUCAUAUUGAUCAGCGUUGAUAUAUAUAACUUAAUUUAUUCUUUGUUACUGAUCCAGGUAACACACACAGAGCGUCAAAUCUGUUACUCAAAUGUCAAAUUCGGCGAUUCUUACCUUUUUUCAUGUAUAAAGUCCUUCGACAAAAAAAGUCAAUACGUGAUCUUUUUUUGUCACUGAAACGGCCAAUUUGAGCGGCUCGUAAAACUGCACCUUAAUUAAAUAAUAUUUCGGUGUGAAUUUAUAUACAUAUCCAGUUCUAGUUUUAUAGUUCUGUAUGUUUUGCCAGUAUGUGAAUUAUCGUACUAUAUGUUGAUCUCUGCUGCUAACUUUUUCAUUGCAUUACACGUACAUAUUUUGAGAUAUUUAUGCAAAUAUUUUAUAAAGAAAACACAGAGUUAUUCUUUCUGUAUUCCAAUGACAAGAUUGGAAUUAAAGUGCUGUUACAAGCAUGAGGAAAAGGAGGAAUAGAAAUGAAGUAAGUUCGUCUUUACGAAGUAUUGAAAAUUAAUGUGAUACAAUGUCAUUUAUAGUGAUUAUCUAAUUAGUAAAACAAUAUCGGUAAAAGCGUGUAUAUCUGUAUAUUUACAAAAUGUGUUGAAAACGAGCAAAAAGAUAUAAAAGAAAAAGUAAUAUAAAAGCUGUAGUAACGAAAGAACGUUAAGAAUUUCGUAUAACGUAAAAUUAUUAUUAAAAAAAGAAAAAAGGAUUAUAAAGAUAAGUUGGCCGGUACAAAUAAGAGGUGAACUUGCUAAAACCUGUGUUUGCUAAAUUUGAUAAAGAAAAAAAAA